AUGGAUGAAAAGAGAAGGAAAAGGGGGGCUGGUCCCUUCAGUUGCCCUUUUACUGACUGUGAUAAGGCCUUUUCUAGGUCAGAUCACUUAACUCGCCAUAAAGCCAACCACUCGUCAAAUAAGGUAAAAUGUCAAUGGCCUGGGUGCGGUAGAAUGUUCUCAAGACUAGACGUAAAGAAGAAGCACGAAGGUAGACACAUCAAAAACAAUUACGAAAUUGAUCAUGUAGAACAAACCAGUAAUAUCGAAGAAGCGACAUACCAGGAGAGCGCGUCGAGUUCCGUUCCUGAAAACGUGGUUGCGGAUGAGCCAGAAGAUAUACAAACUUCAAGAAGUAGUGAGAGGAUGAAAACAGCACUGGACAUGAUCAAGAUUGCUUCAUUAGAGUUGCCCGACCCUAUUCAUAGGAUAACUGGUGCAAACGAUACUAUGAAAACUACGACAAAUCUGAUUGGCAUGACAAGACCUCAAACCUUCCACGAAGACAAUCAACCAAAAUCACACUGGAAAACUGCAGAUAAUACUUUGAAGAGUAAAGUACCGAAUUCGGAGUUUAUUCUGCCCUCUCGAUCAAUCCAGUGGCUACUUAGCGAUCCUACCAAUUUGUCCCCUCCCAGCGGGAGAUUUUCAAAUCAGCCCGAAAAUGGUGCUUUUCAUGUAUCCUACAACGAUCCCCUGGGCCCUUCGACAUCAGCCAUGUUACAAGAAAUCUUUGCCUUAAGUCCUGAGUUUCCAAAUGCAGACGGCCAAACAAAGCUUGAUGAAGACCUGCUAUCGAAGAUGGCGCAACAUAUUCCAUCACUGCGGAAUCACCCUGAUUUUGCUGUUAAGAAAUUAGAAUUAUUCCUCGAGAUUUACUGGCUCUUGUACCAUUGUCAAUACCCCAUUUUGCACAGACCCUCCUUUUGUACUCACGAUGUCCAGCCCGUGCUACUACUGAGCAUGAUAAUGAUAGGUGCAUCCUUCUCGAAGAAAACUCUAGCAAUCGAAAAUCUUAAACUCGUGGACCCCGAUGGUUUGGCAGAGAUAAUAGCUGAUCCUUUGAGGUGGUUAAUCUUUGCUAGCGAACAAGCCAAGCCGCCUUGUAAAUCGUGGGUUAUUCAAAGUUUGAUUAUUUUAGAGACAUACGAAAUCACGAGUACAUCCAGGUCUAUGCACGAAAGAGCUUGCAUUCAUAAUGGGGCCAAAGUCCAGCUUCUGAGAAGAAGCCCUAUUUUAGGAGGUGACCCGCUUAAAGAAGUCGGAACUGACGUUAGCCGAUCGAAGAAUUUAUGGAGCACAUGGAUUGAAAGUGAGUCAAUGAAGAGAGUAGCGUUGAUGUCUUUUUACAUCGAUAGUGUACAUGCAAUUGUUUAUGGACAUCCUCUCAACCUUUUUGCCAACCAAAUCAAGCUUUCCCUUCCCUGUCCGGAUGAGCUUUGGGAGUACAGCGAUGUUAAUAGGCACGAAGCUCCGUUAACCGUUGUAAAGAUGCCUCUUUUUGGCGAGGCGCUACAAAAGUUGUUGCGAAAGGAGGAGAUCGACGUGGGCCCUUUCAGUAGGCAAAUACUCUUAGCAGGGCUAAUUAAUUUAAUGCUCCAGAUUGAGCAAAACAUAUCCCAAUGGUCGAAUUUUGGAUGGAAUUAUAUCCAAGAGAAUUGGAGAGAAACAAUAUCAUCUGCUUUAGAAGUUUGGAGAACCCAAUUACCUAUGCGAGAUUGCUGUCUGACGUCUUCUAGUGUCUAUCCGAGUGGUAAUGAUUUUAGCUUUGACCACCUUUCUGUACCGCCUAUAAUGAGACCAGAGGACACGCGCUGCAGCUGUCCAGUCUAUCACGCUGCUCAAAUAUAUAUGAAAAUAGCGCACUACGACUACAUUGUUUACGCUGGUGCUCCUAGGAGAAUGAAUGUUCCGAUUUUGGAGGAAGACUACGAGAUCGUGGUCAAAAGAAUCGGCAAAUGGGCAAAAUCUCAGGCUGGUCCAUUGUGUGUCAUAAAUUCAAUUAUCCUGCUUUGCGAGGUUUUGCUGUCUCCAGAGAGCUCGAUGGAAGUGGUCAGUUACUCUUAUGAACCUGAUAAGGACCCAUUCAUAUACCGGCCCAAUAUUGUAAUAUCCGCAAUUCUUUCACUUUGGGCGUAUGCGCAUUAUUCUUUUGGCCCUGAAUCUUUGCUCAAGUCUGCUUCGUCCAACUUUCAAAUCAUUGAAGGCUGCGCUCCAGCAAUGGAGGACGGACCAACGUACCUUAGUCGAAUCAGGAACGAAUUCAAAAGCUUGACGGGAAAAUCUUUUGCGCAAUUGAAACACAUGAACACUGACGAUUACUCAAACACAAUACGAGAGUACUAUGACGCAUUUCCUAAGGUGAGUAAGUUAAACUUUUUGGUGGGGUUGUUGAUUUCAUUUAGAAAUGGGUAUGCGAAAUGCAAGUGGGACGUUGGGAGAGAGUAUGCCAAUUUGCUGGAUAACUGUAUUCAGCGCAGUUUGGGAAGCGAGAUUAUUUUUUGUCGUGAUAUGUACGACGUUAAUGAUCAGUAA